AUGCUUGAACAAAAGGUAGUCUCCUUUGAGCUGGGUGGCGGCUUCAGCCUCAUCGGCGCCGAGAUCUUUGUCGAUGAGGAAGACUACACAGGCGUCUCCAUUGCGGCGAACAAUCUAUCCAGCGACUUCACAAGGGUCACUGGGCGACACUGCAACCCCAUUGUCAAGGCUUGCCCCUCGGCUCCUCCGGCUCGGUCAUGUAUCGUCAUUGGCUCUCUCACUCAGUCGCCGACGAUUCAGCUCUUAAGAGACCAAGGCAAGAUUGAUCUUGACCAGAUUGAGGGGAAAUGGGAGUCCUGGAUCACAACGACUAUACGUGAUCCCUUUGAGGGUUAUGACAAUGCUCUGGUCAUCGCCGGGAGCGAUAAACGAGGAACCAUUUUCGGAACCUAUUCUCUCUCGGAGCAGAUUGGCGUGUCGCCAUGGCAUUGGUGGGCUGAUGUGCCUCCGAAAAGGCAGCAGCAGAUCUUUGCUCUGCCUGUGACGACACGCAAUGGCGAGCCCAGCGUCAAGUACCGUGGCAUCUUCAUUAACGACGAGUGCCCCGGCAUGGACAGCUGGGUUCACGAAAAGUUUGGCCCCAAGUUCGAUGCCAACUUGUACCAUUACGUCUUCGAGCUUCUCUUACGACUCAAGGCGAAUUUCAUGUGGCCUGCUAUGUGGCGAGGUUAUCCGUAUCCCGGACGAUCCUUCUUCGUGGAUGACCCUAAGAAUCAGGAGCUGGCCGAUACCUAUGGUAUCGUGAUUGGCACCUCUCACCAUGAGCCGAUGCAAAGGGCAAUGAACGAGUGGUCCACUACUCAGCCAGAAGGCACCUGGAACUGGGAUACAAACAAGGAAAAGAUCACACAGUAUUUUGAAGAAGGAGCCGAGAGGGCCGUACCCUACGAAUCCUAUUUCACAAUGGGAAUGCGAGGCGAAGGCGAUGUGCCCAUGACAGGAGGCGAUCCCGUCAAGAUCCUCACCGAAGUGCUGGAUGUGCAGAGGGACAUCAUCAAGAAGAACUAUGGCAAGGAAGACGGUGUCCUGCAGCUCUUGGCGCUCUACAAGGAGGUUCAGGGAUACUAUGACAAGGGGCUUGUUAUUCCUGAUGACGUGACACUCUUGUUUGGAGAUGACAAUUUUGGGAAUCUGCGCCGUCUCCCGACGGAAGAGGAGAAUAAGAGGUCCGGUGGCUCAGGUUUCUACUACCACUUCCAGUACACGGGCUACCCGCGCUGCUACAGAUGGAUCAACAGCAACACUCUGGGCAAGGCCCUUCACCAGCUCCAGCUGGCUCACUACCGGGGCGCCAAUCGCAUAUGGAUCUUCAAUGUCGGAGACUUGAAGCCUGUGGAGAUCCCCAUGAGUUUUGCGUUUGACCUGGCUUGGGAUGUCACAUCCAUCACGGCCACCAGUCUGCCGCAAUACUUUGAACAUCUUGCUACGCGGGAGUUUGGUGAAAAGUACGCAGGUCCGAUUGCGAAGUCCUGGUAUGACUUCAACAAGCUGGUGGCGAUACGCAAGCAGGACCACAUCGACGCCUCUACCUUUGUCAUCCAAAAGUACCAUGAAGCUGACAAUAUCAUUGCACGAUGGCGGCAACUCAUGGAAGAUGUUCAGGCGAUACAUAAACACAUCGGCGAGGAACACAAGUCUGCCUUCUUCCAGCUCGUGCUUCACCCUGUCAAAGCGACGUACAUCUUCACUCAAGUGCGCGUCGCCCAGUACACAAAUCAGCUCUUUGCCAAACAGCGCCGAAACACGACCAACGUCCUGCUUAAGAAGUGCAUCAAUCUUAUGGAUGAUGAUCAUGAUCUGUACGAAGAGUACAAUUCCAUCUCGGAUGGCAAAUGGAACCUCAUGCUUCGCCAGCCUCACUACGGCUACGGCGAUACCGGUGCGGAACCGUCGCGGAAUAUGAUCGAUGGGCUUUGCUAUGUGCAGACAAGAGAAGACUCGAACCCCAGUGUUGGCCACAUGGGAAUAGCCGUUGAAGGCAUCGAGGGAAUCAACCCCGGCCAUAUCAACGAGGACUCUGACAGAACACACCCUUCCCGCGGCUUCCUCGAGCCCGGCGUCACCCUUCCAUUCAUUACGCCCUAUGGUGAACAGACUCGCUACUUUGAGGUCUUCCAUCGCGGCACAAAGGAGUUUUCGUGGGAGGCCCGACCGCAGUACAAGUGGAUCAAGCUUUCUCAGUACGAAGGGCAUCUGAAGCCCCGAGACGACGACACCAGAGUCAUCAUCACCAUCGACUGGGCGCAAGUGCCCGCUAACUUUGACGCAAAAGUCAUAAUUGAAAUCGUUGGAACUCGUGACGGCUACGAACAAGUCCACAUGGGUGUCCGGAAUAACCGAGUCCCUGCAGACUUUGAGGGCUUUGUCGAAGAGAGCGGGCACUUGGCCAUUGAUGCCGGCAAUUGGGUCACGGCGCCAUACAUUCAGCUUCCUGCUCUGGGCCGGCCUAUUGCAGGAGCUGUUACUUUACCAUUUGAUACCGACUUUGGCAAGGCCGACGAGCUUCCGUUCCUGCGCUACCCGAUCUACGUCUUCUCGCAACACGACAGUACGAACCUCGAGCUCCAAUUCAACACUACGCUUGAAACCGAAAAGACGAGCAGAAUGCAGUACGACGUGCGCUUUGACGGAGGACCCAUCGGCACAUACCGUCUCACAGAGGACGAGAACAACGCCGAGAACCUCCCCAGGGGGUGGCCCACGGCCGUCAUGGAUUGCGUCUGGAGAAAGGCCCACAACAUGGGCAGGGUGACGACGGGCAGCCACACGAUUGAGGUGCGGAUUCGGAGCCAGAACAUCUGUCUGGAGAAGCUGAUUCUUGAUCUUGGGGAUUUGCGGUACACGUAUCUGGGGCCGCCGGAGAGUGAAUAUGUGAAGAAGGGGGAUAGUCGAAGCGUGAGGCGGGGGAGUGUUAUUGGGCAGAUGGACAGCUUGCGGAUUGAUUUGGGAUUCUAA